UAGAGUAGGCAAAUCAAUGGAAAACACUCCAUACAGAAAGAGUAUUGAGGUGAUGCACACGUUUUGCUAUUCAUCGUAGACGAAGGCAAAAAUCAGACAUUUUAUGCCACCUUCUUUCCCAGCAUCUCACCUCCUCCGGAAAUGCGCCGCCACGACCUCCCUUCGCGAAGCCCGCCGCCUCCACGCCGUCCUUCUCACCACCACACUCCCACCAACAGAAACCCCUCUAUUCCUACACAACAACAUCCUCUCAAUGUACGCUCGCUGCGGCUCUUUGGAGGACGCCCACCUCCUGCUCGACGAAAUGCCUCACAGAAACAUCGUGUCUUACAACGCCCUGAUCGCCGCCUAUUCACGUCGACCCCAUCACGCCCAUCACGCGUUUCAUCUGCUUGAUCAAUUGGCGUACGAGGGCCACGUGCCGAAUGGGUCCACCGUCACGAGUCUUUUGCAGGCUUCGGCUGCACUUUGUGACUUGGUUGCUGGCGCUUCGUUGCACGCUCGUUGUGCGAAAACUGGAUUCUUGGACAAUGUACGCAUUCAGACGUCUUUGCUUGGGAUGUAUUUUAACUGUGGAGAUGCUGACUGUGCUAAGAGAGUCUUCACUGGGAUGAAGGAUAAAGACGCAAUCGCUUGGAACUCGGUUAUAUCGGGCUAUGUGAAGAAUGGGAAGAUAUUGGGGAGCGUUGAACUUUUUCAGAGUAUGUUGGAGGAUGAGGUUAAACCAAAUUCAUUCACUUACUCGUUGGCGUUGAAUGCUUGUGCCAAGUUGCGAGAUUAUGAUAAUGGGAGACUUGUUCAUGCUCAGAUUCUUUUAUCUGGCACGUGCGUUGAUUUACCUCUCCAUAACUCACUUCUUGAUAUGUAUUCUAGCUGUGGAGACACAUGUUCUGCCUCUGAUGUGUUUCGAAGAAUUGGGAGUCCUGAUUUGGUGUCUUGGAACACGAUGAUUGGUGGAUUUGCGGAGAAUGGAGAGGGAGAGAAGGCUAUGGAGAUGUUUGUUCAACUUAGGCAAGCGUGUCAUGUGAAACCCGAUGAGUAUACAUUUGCCGCUAUUAUUGCUGGUACUUGUGGCUUCCCUGCUCGUGAUUAUGGAAUGCCGCUUCAUGCUCAAGCUGAGAAGGCGAGGCUAAUGAGUAGUGCAUACGUUAGCAGCACACUCUUGUCCAUGUAUUUCAACAAUGGUGAUUCAGCGUCUCCUCGAAAGAUUUUCAGUUCUUUUGAACAUAAAGAUGCUGUUCUGUGGACUGACGUGAUCGCUGGGCACGUUAGGAUAGGUGAGAGCGAGGGGGCGCUGAGUCUAUUCCUUGAAAUGACAAAGGAAGGUUUAGGUUUAGACAGUUUCGUUCUAAGUAGUGCCUUGGCCGCUUGUGCUGACCUUGUGACUUUAAGGCAAGGGGAAAUGGUGCAUUCUCUGGUGUUGAAGACAGGAAAUGAUGCUGAAGUUUGGGUGCACAGCAGUCUGGUUGAUAUGUAUGCCAAAAACGGGGAGCUCGGCUCUGCUGCAUAUGCGUUUUCUUGUCUGCCUAAGUGUGAUUUGAUGUGCUGGAACUCUAUGCUUACAGGAUGCGGUCACCAUGGGAGGGCGAAGGAGGCCUUUCAAGUCUAUUUCAAGAUGUUGAAGCAUGGGCUGAACCCGGAUCAGGUCACGUUCCUUUCUCUUCUCGCUGCUUGUAACCAUUGUGGCUUGGUACACAAAUCUAGAUUCUUCUGGAGGAAUAUGAAGGAGCAUCAUGCAAGAGCGGGGCCUAAGCACUAUUCGUGCAUCAUCAGUUUGUUGAGUCGAGCCGGGCUGUGGGAGGAGGCGGAGGAGAUGAUUGUUGAAUCACCUUUUGCAGAUGAUUAUUUGGAGUCGUGGAGAACUGUCUUGAGCUCGUGCAUCAAGAACAGGGAUCUGAGGGGAGGAAUCCAUGCUGCGGAACAGAUUUUGGAAACGAACGCAGAAGACAGUGCAGCGAAUGUACUGCUUGCUAAGCUGUAUGCUGCAACAGGGAGGUGGGGCGAUGUUGCGGAGACGAGGCGAAAUAUGAAGAAUUCCUUGCUGGAAAAAGAACCCGGUUUGAGCUGGAUUGAAGUUAGGAACAGUGUUCGUGUGUUCUCUUCAGGCGAGCAAUCCCAGUUGCAACGCGGUGAAGUUGAGGCCGAGAUUGGUAAUCUGUUGGGGAACAUGAUGCCAACAGUGGCUGAGGACAUAAUACAGGGAAGACACUAAUUUAAAUUUUUUUUUCUCUGUAAUGAGAUGAGACUCAUUCUCCACUAAUAAUACUUUAUCAUUAAUGAAGAACAUCAAAGAUAUUGAA